ACCAAUUGAAGACUGAAAGUUUAUAACACUAAAGUUUCCCUAGCACUAAACAUGUGGCGAGUUCUUAGAGUUGCGAUUGCUAUUCUUGGAGUUUGUGCUCUACCUCUUGCUUUGAGCAACCCUAAACGCCAGCUUGAGCACGAUAUGCCAGAUGUUAAAAAGGUUUUCGAAGGAUUUCGGGCCGGUCUUGCACUCUCCGACAUCGACAACGACGGUGACCUUGACUGCGUAACGGCUACGCAACAGGAUUACAAUGCCAGCGUGCCAAGUGUAACAUACGUGUGGCAUCUCCAGGCCGUAAACGGACACGAAGCGCGAAAUAUUUACUUCUAUGUUUGCGCCGGCGAUGCCCCUGGCCAGAUCCUUUUCAAGGACAAAAAUGUUGAUGGGCCUCUUCAAGAGGGUACAGUAUUCUACUCUGACUACAAGGACUGCAUCGUGCUGGAUUUGCCUUACGGAAACUCACAAGAAUGCAUGCUGUGGAUAUCUUGGGAAGCAAAGAACAACGUUCCGCAGCGUUGCACAGCGGAAUAUGAAGACACGUGCGAUGACGCUAAACUAACAUUUGACGAUGAGACCUGCAGCCCUUUCUUCGAACUCAACGGAUCAUAGGACUGCUCUAACAAAGACAUGUGGAGCUUAUCCAUUGCACUACAGCACGUCGCUUGGUUAAUCUCCAAAAAAUAAGUUCCUCACGCUUAUAUGGCAUCUCGCACAUUGCUGUAAAGUAGCAACUAUAAGCUUAAUUGGGAUUGAAGGGGUAGAGCGAACUUUCUAAGCUUGCAACAAUAAAAUCAUAGCUGAAAGGUA